UUUAAUUUUGUUGCAGCCAAACCUCCUCCUCAUGUAGUUUGGUUCCGAAACGACAUUCCUGUGAGCAACAUGAGUGUCCUCCUGCCUCCGAAUGGAGGCACCAGCACCCACAUUAGAAGCGAGCUACGGAUCACCAACUUAGGUCGACGGGAUGUCCAUUCGGAGCUGAGCUGUCAAGCAGCGAAUAACAAGAGGACCACACCUUUGACGGCGACUGUUCAUGUUGAUAUGAAUUUUGGACCAUUGGACGUGAAAAUCCUUAGUUCGAAUCAACCAUUGUCUGCUGGAAGAAGGUACGAUCUUCUAUGCCAGAGUUCUGGGUCGAGACCACCUGCCAGUAUCACGUGGUGGAAGAAUGGACAGAGACUGGAACGGACGAAAGAAACUACAUCCAGCGAUGGCAACACCACCACCAGCACACUCUCCUUCGUCCCGAAAAAAGAUGACGAUGGCAAAUAUUUGUCGUGUAAGGCGGAAAAUAAAAUCAUGAAUACCGAAGCUCUGGAAGAUAGAUGGAAGCUGGAGAUACACUAUAAUCCCGAAGCCCGAAUAGUUCUUGGUACGUCUCUCAAUCCUGAGAACAUCCGCGAAGGGACUGAUGUCUACUUUGACUGCAUCGUCUCCGCUCACCCUCCUGUCUACAAAGUGGAAUGGAGACACAAUGGAAAUAUCCUGAGCAUAAAUAUAGCAGCGGGAAUCAUAAUUACGAAUCAAAGCUUGGUGUUACAAAGCGUUUCUCGGAAAACUGCGGGCAACUACACAUGUGUGGGAUACAACACUGAAGGAGAUGGUGAAAGUAUGCCGUUCUUCUUGAAUGUUCUAUAUGCGCCGACGUGCAAGCCGAAUCAACCACGCAUCUAUGGAGUGGCAAAACAGGAGCGCGCGCAAAUCGUCUGUCACGUGGACGCCAACCCUUCCGACGUGCAGUUCCGGUGGACCUUCAACAAUUCCGCUGACAGCGUCGACGUUGCACAGGCGCACGUGCAUCGUACUGGUACGGCAAGUGUCGUAUCUUACACGCCUGUCACGGAGCUGGACUAUGGUACUUUGCUGUGCUAUGCUUCGAAUAAGAUCGGAAGCCAGCGGGUGCCUUGUGUUUUCCACAUCAUUGCCGCAGGGCGUCCAGAUCAAGUUCACAACUGCACCGUGUUGAACAUAUCUAUGACGUCUUUUUCCAUCCGGUGUGCUGAAGGAUUCAAUGGUGGACUGCCGCAAUCUUUUUUAUUAGAGGUGAGAGAAAGUCAAACUCAGGAACUGAAAAGUAACCUCACAUCUCCAGUAGCGAGAUUCACAGUCAAAAACGUUGAAGCUGGAGCACAGUAUCAGGCAGCCGUGUUUUCCUACAAUUCCAAAGGACGAGGAGAGCCUGUCAUUCUACAAGCUGCUACGCUACGAUUGCCUGAAAAGCAACUGACUGCCGAAAAGGAUACUCAUCGAUCUGGAGGUCCUGGAGGUAAUAGCAUUGGAGGCCUACGCUUCACUCCAACUUUGAGUGUCCUGAUAGGAAUCGUCUCAGCACUAACGAUUGUAGCAGCUGUUGUAGCAUUGGUACUACGAAUGCAGUGCAUAGGAAGACGAGAUGAUUGCAGGAAACGCAGGAAAGCUCAAGAAAGAGGUGGGUCAACGCAAGGCGUGGGGGAGGAUGGCAGAAGGGGAUCGGGACAGUUCAGUGAUAAGGGGGGUGGCAGUCCAAUUUCAAAACAUGAAAGCAGCGCCGGCGAUGGUGACAGCGACGAAAAGAACCCUGACAUAAUCCCCCAACCUCUGGGCGAAGGUGAAGAAAUUAUCGGCGGACCUGAAUUCAGGAAAAGACAGCAACACAUCAGCACAAUUGAGACGUGUUCACCAAGCAGGUCUAGUUUGAUGCACCAAUCAGCGCCUGGCAAUCAUGUAGCGGCACCGCCUGGAACCGGGUACAUGGGGUACUGCACCCUCAGGAAUGGGGUACCACUUCAUGAGCUAGCUGCACAGUCUAAGAUGCUUUCAGGGGGUGGACCGCAACUCAUGCCUUCCCCGUACACGUCUUGCACGUUGCCCCGCCCACAGCCGCCUCCUGGCCAAUGGCAGUACGGCCCGAUGUCGCACCUCCCACCCGCUCUGUACCCCGCUCAAUACCGGCAUGCCCCGCCGAGGCGGCAGCAGCCUCGGGAACCGCCCAUCGCGCUUCAGCCAAUCGCAACAGCGCCCGCUGCAGGUCAAGAGGAGGAACCUUCCGCCGACACACCCCUUAUGGCCAAUAAGAGGGAGAGCACCGUUUGACAAGUAACCACCUUCUAGGAGGAGGUGGAAUUGGUGCAAAACAGGGUUUAAUCUUAGUUUAAAGCGUGUGUUCAUCAAGUUUCAUGAUGUUUCCAGCGAGUUGUGUUUGAAAAACAAAUAGAUUAGCUUUUCUUAUCCAAAAUGAACGUUCACCCUGCAGUUCAAUCAUUUCUAAAAUACCCGAGGGUACAAAAAUGAUAGAACACUGUAGGUUUAAUUCAUUUUUUAAUAGAUGUCUAUAAGGUGGGUAUUCAAAAAUAUACACGGCUAUUGAGAUAAUUUUUGGAACGCGAAUUCAAGUGAUUUUCAUCGGAAGUCUGCCGUGAAGUCUAUGAAAGUGAAAAUAUUGCUCAAAGUUGAGAGGGCAUAAACAUUAAGUAUGCAAGCAACUACGUGUAGUUACUCAGACUAAGAUUUAGUUACAUUUGCAUUUGUUCCGUUUCAAGGCGUGCGACUGAUCUGUAAUGCAAGAUAUUUACCGUAGAAAAAAUAUUGGAAACGUCAAAUAUGCCUACCAGGUUUAAUUUUUUGUUUCAUAAAGGAGUGUUGGUCGGUACUAACAGUCUAAGAAAUAUAGCAAAGUGUUGGAAAUUGUAAACAGACAGAUUAUUUGGUGUAAACGUGUGAAAAGUAUUGCUCUACGAGAAUACGGGUCGAGCUAGAAAAAAAAAUCCGGCUUCAAUUUUCCAUUUGCGAAAAAUAAGGUCAAAUCGCUAAGGGAAUAAACCUUGAAUCCUUUGUUCAGCCCUAAAACGCUCGCAGAAUAAGUGUUUGAACGCCAAAAGCGAGCAAAGGACUUUCAAUUUAGUGCAAUAAAAUAUCUCUUAAAAUCUGACAAGAUACUGUUUACCUUGAUCACCUCUAUUCACACGAUACUGGCCUCUAACCGAGUGAUGAAUAGCCUCUAACCGAGUGAUGAAUAUGUGCUCUGAUACG